CUCAACAGUCUCGCCAGACCCAACUCACAUAGAAGUAAAAUGAAAUCACAAGUAAUCAAUUGGCCAUGCUUUGCGCUAUUAUUAAUCGGCUUUUACAUAACAAACGUCAACUCGGUGGCCGUUGGCCAACCGGGCCAUUUUCACCGUCAACAGAAACGGUCAGUUAUUUCGCUUCCCAGAAGUGUUUUCAGAGUUAACGCUGAAAUCAUCGUUCCUGUGCUGGCGCUCAUCAAUCAGACCAACACUUAUCUUUGGUUUAACUUCCCCUCAACUUGGCCAGUGCCAAACAACAACAACCUCAACACCUUGUACAACAGUUUCGGCCGUCUCAAAGAGAAAGGUAUCGAGGUGGACGAAGAAUUCGUCGACGAACAACGAACCAAUCAGGAAAGAAGAUCCCUCUAUCAAUACAUCGAAGGAUUUUUCCAAAACUUUGGAGUGAACGGCACAGCCUGCGUGCUCCGAGCUAUUUGCGAGAUGUCUGAAGCGCCACUUUCCAGCAACGGACUUUUGGGCAAACUCGUCGAACUUGUUUUAACGCCUAGCCUGAUGAAAAUGCCUGCCAAGAUGGAGCCCUAUUUUGGAGAGAACCGAUUCAAGCGUUCAACAGAUUUAAAUGUACACGAUGACGUCAUCAUGCAAGAUUUGGAUUUUGUUUCGGCGCCUGUCGAAGACGAGUACACGCAAGCUUAUCGCCGAGGAAAGGAUGGCUCUUGUUGGAGUCACUACGCAAACUGUCCAAUCAACGUAUUCAAAAUGUUGAGUUUGUAAGUGGUAAAGAAAAACUGUCGCACGUAGCGUUUUGACUAGCAUUUUACGAUUAUGAGCUUACCAAUCAAAAACCAACCCUGAAUCAAAAAUAAUUCUAUUCAUAUUUAUUUGUAGUGUUUGUUAACACGUGAAAUCAAGAUUUAGAAAAAUACACGGGUAAUUCACCUGACAAAAA